CGCAAGCGGAGUCACUACCGCGUAUUACCUUUUACUUUAUCACAUAAAUGUUUUCAUAGUGGGAUAUAUUACAUGCAAUUCAAAAUGCAGUUCGUUGUGGUGAAACUUGUUUAAAAAAUUAUAUCCGAUGUCUACCUUGUGUUGUGAAAGACAAUAGAUAUUUUAUUUUUAUCAAAAUUAAUAUAGGUUUCUACAAUUUUAUUAGGGGGUGGUGCCGUGAUGCCAGUUCGUAAGCAAGAGGCCCAUCGAGCAUUAGAAUUGCUGGAAGAUUACCACAGCAAACUCGUGAAACCCCAGGAUCGGCAACUACGGCUCGCCAUCGAGAGGGUCAUCAGGAUAUUCAAAUCCCGAUUAUUUCAAGCUCUCCUUGAUAUCCAAGAGUUCUACGAACUCACUCUUCUCGAUGACACUAAAUCGGUACAGCAGAAAACUGCUGAAACCAUUCGCAUUGCCAACAAAUGGGAGGCGGAUGGUACACGCAACCGCGAGAUACCAUCGGAGGAGAGUGAUUAUAGAUCAGUAUCAAAUGCUUUUCUUCAAGACAACAACAGGAAAACAGAAUCACGAAAUGAAUCUCCAGAAUCGGCUAAGAUGGCAGCCAGUAUACACCAGCUCGUCAUGGCUCGUAGUGAGGCCGAGGAAAAAAAGGCUCACAUUACCUCACCUGAAAUGAAGCAGUUACAGGUAAAUGGCAUUGAAGGGGGCGGCACAGAGCGUACACAAGAGGAGGGCUAUUCAUAUAUGAAUGUGGUGCUAUCGCGGACGGGCGGCGCCGGCCUCGGGUUCAGCAUUGCUGGUGGGUCGGACAACCCACACGUGGCUGACGACCCCCACAUCUACGUCACUAAACUUAUUCCAGGCGGGGCGGCCGCCGCUAGUCAGCUGCAAAUUAAUGACGCCAUAUUACAGGUUAAUGACACUAAUGUAGAACAAGUUACGCACGCCGAAGCAGUUGAUGCAUUAAAGAAAGCAGGAAAUACAGUAAGACUGAAAGUGAGACGUCGUAUUACAGAAGACACAUUAAAUGUAUCGCAAAUCACAAACAAAGAAGAGGCAGUAGAGAUAGAACUUGUUAAAGGUGGCUCAGGGCUUGGAUUUAGUAUAGCAGGUGGUCUCGGUAACCAGCACAUUCCUGGAGACAAUGGUAUCUAUGUUACAAAAAUAAUGGCUGGUGGUGCUGCACAUAGAGAUGGCCGUUUGAGAGUUGGAGACAAAUUGUUAAUGGUCAAAAAUACCUCUCGCGGCGACGUGGAUCUCGACAACGUGACGCACGAAGAUGCUGUGAGCGCGCUGAAGGCGGCUGGCGAGCGCGUGCUUUUGAAACUCAUCCCGGGUCCACGGCACGCGCAGCCGUCGCCGCGCACCUCACGCGCUAACACACCGUCGAGUACGGCAAACUCGCUACGGCGCGAGGAAGGAUCCGAGAGGGCGGAACGCGCGGAGAGCGCCGACAGUGCUGAAGAACCUCGCGUGGUUGAAUUGGAGAAAGGCGGCGCCGGGCUAGGGUUCAACAUAGUGGGCGGGGAGGACGGCCACGGGAUCUACGUGUCGUUCCUGCUUGCCGGCGGACCAGCAGAACGCUCUGGCGAACUUCGCCGUGGGGACCGACUGCUGGCCGUUAACGAUGUCGACAUCACGCACGCCACACACGAACUGGCCGCCAAGGCGCUCAAGGGUACCGGACAGCAAGUGAAAUUGACAGUUGUAUACAGGCCUCAAGAAUACAACAAAUUCGAAGCUCGUAUUAAUGAACUGAAACAGCACCACACUCUGUUAAGGACGUCACAAAAACGGUCUUUAUAUGUAAGAGCCCUGUUCGACUACGACCCUGUGAAGGAUGAUGGACUUCCCUCCCGAGGGCUACCAUUCCGCUACGGUGAUAUUCUUCAUGUCACCAAUGCAUCUGAUGACGAGUGGUGGCAAGCAAGACGACUAGACAAUACGGAGUCGGAUGCAAUCGGCAUAAUUCCAUCAAAACGUCGUUGGGAACGAAAGCAGCGCGCACGUGACCGUCAGGUCAAAUUCCAAGGACAAGGCACGCCCAUUUCCACGAGUCAAUCAACGUUAGAAAGGAAAAAGAAGACCCUAUCUUUCAGCAGAAAGUUCCCAUUUAUGAAAAGUCGAGAAGAUGGCAAAUCAGAGGAUGGUUCAGAUCAAGAACCUUUCAUGCUUUGCUACACUCAGGAGGAUGCUAACGCGGAUGGGGAAAUCUUGUACCGAGUGGAACUUCCCAUGAUGGAGGAGAUAACGCUCAUUUAUCUCGAGGACGAGAGCCAAGAUGAGACGGUGCUGUCGUAUGAAACAGUGCAACAGUUGACUAUUAGUUACACACGGCCCGUGAUUAUACUAGGACCACUGAAGGACAGGAUAAACGACGAUCUGAUAUCUGAGUUCCCUGACAAGUUUGGAAGCUGCGUGCCUCACACGACACGACCCCGCCGCGACUACGAAGUGGACGGGCGCGACUAUCACUUUGUGGCGAGCCGCGAACAGAUGGAGCGCGAUAUACAGAACCAUCUGUUCAUCGAGGCCGGCCAGUACAACGACAACCUGUACGGCACCUCCGUUGCCUCCGUGCGGGAGGUCGCCGAGAAGGGCAAACAUUGCAUUUUGGACGUGAGCGGUAAUGCUAUAAAAAGAUUACAGGUGGCGCAACUUUACCCGAUUGCCAUAUUUAUUAAACCAAAGAGUGUAGAAUCUAUAAUGGAAAUGAAUAAGAGAAUGACUGAAGAACAAGCCAAGAAAACGUACGAACGCGCAUUAAAAAUGGAACAGGAGUUCGCUGAAUAUUUCACUGCGGUGGUGACGGGCGAUACCCCAGAAGAAAUCUACGCGAAGGUGAAGGCGGUGAUCACGGCGGAGAGCGGGCCCAACGUGUGGGUCCCACGUCGCGAACCUCUCUGAACAUCCCUACCCCGCCCAGUCCCGUCCCACCCCCGCACAGUCCCUCCGCCCUACACUCGCGUACUUACCUAGUACCUACACAGUGCCUCGAGUAGACUCACGAUUGUUUUACCUAUGGAGUCGAUUUCCUAUUGGUUGAUCGUCGACGUUACUCCUCGGUGUCUCCGUACACGAGUUCUACGAUAGUGGAACAAGGUCGGAAUCUCCCGUGUGUUUCGGUCACAAAUGUUAGAGUAGACGGAAAUGCGGGCCGCGUUAGCAUCUUCUCGAUACGGCAUAGCAAUAAACGUAGCAGCGACACGUAGCCCGUUACCGUAUAAGCAAUAUAGUCCGCCGCAACCGGCGUCGCCGGCGGACACGCUGCGCUUUAGAUAAUCGUCUCGUUUUGACACUCCCUAUUUCGAUAGUUUGGCCAUCGGAUUUGUAUUGCUGCUUAUCUGAUUUUGUUUAGCGUAACAAAUUGUUUAAUAUUUUUAAAUAAAUGUAAAUUUUCACUCGUGCAUAAAGUUGUUUGUUGACCAGGAUAAUAUUGUUAGAUAGCUUUCACCGUAGAACACUAUACGCUUAUGUUAUCGUGCAAGUAUAAUAACUAGCGGCAAUGUUUCGUCGAAUGCAAUGUAUUAUAAUCAAAACAUUAAUUAUUUUACUAAAUCCAAUAAUUAUGCUUCAAUUAACUGUAUAUUUAUUGUAUAUUGAAUAAAUUUUUAAGUGGUAUUAUUCAUGUUACUUUACUCAGGUUGCUAGAUACAUUUUGAAUAUUCGUCAUCGUUAAGAAUUUACUAUACUAUAAUAGAAUAUGCAAAUAGUGAAGUAAUUGUACGAGACGAAUCACGGUGCACCGGUGAUGUUUAAAGCUAUAUAUACCCACUAGUUGUAUAGUUACUUAUACUAUGACGCUGUGUAGUCGAUCCCACCUCACGCAUGGCUAGGCUAAGACGUACAUAAUCAGAAUUAUUUGCUCAAGCGGCAAUCUAUAUUGUAAACAUUGAAUCUCAUGAAAUUUUGCACACCCAUGUCCCCUUGACACAUUAGGUCAGGUGCAAGUUGUUUGUUGAUCAUUUUUAUAGUAAGCAAUUGUGUUAUAUAGUGUGAAAUGUCUCACCAAUUUAAUAGUGUUUGACAUUUAUUUAUUGAGAAUUUUAUUUUCUUACGGAAUAAUAAAAUGCCCAUCUGCAAAUAUGGCGAUAAUCAUGGAUAUCUAAUGUUUUUAGAUUGCCUGUUAAUUGACAUGUUACUUACUCUUUUUUUUAUCGUUAAAGCAUGUUUUAUAUUGUGAAAAGUGCUGUUUGGUAUCUUUUUAUAGCGUUAGAAAUAGAAAGUUGGGUAGAGCACUAGAAGCAGUCAAUUCGAUAUUUCGUGCUGUUUUUCUGAUUUAACUGAAUGAACAACAUCACAUAAUUCCUUUCAGUAAUAUUACAUGUCUCAAACUUCAGAGACUUUACUUUAUAUUUAAAAUAUUAUAUUACUUUAGCCUCCUUUCUAUUUCUAUCUAUAUUUGCAGUCUACUUAUUGUUCAGUAUUUUAAUAUUAUUCUAAAUAUCAAACUUAUUAAUGCAGAAAUAAUGUGUAAAGGUUUUUUUUACAUACUAUUAUAUCAAUAAAAAUUAUACAUUAUUCACAUGUACUUAAUUUUAUACAAAAAAGUGAAUAUUUUUACUUAUUUUAUUAUGACAAAUACAGGUUUACUGUAGGCAAUUUGGAUAAUCAAGGAAUCAUGACUGUCUUCAUUGGAUUUGUUCUGUUAUAUUUGUCUGUGAGUCAUUAAUAAGACAAUGUACCAAAGAGCUGUUCGACGGCACUAAAAUUACCAUUUCUUUUUAUUGAUUUGGUUUAUUGGAUUUCAGAGUGAGGCUCGUUGUGAUUCCUUCAAAAGCGUUAUUAUGUAAAUAAUAAUAGAAAAUAAAUUUUAUUUUAAUUUAUUCUAAGUUUCUACUGAUGUAUUAACAAUAAUAUGAGAAUGUUUAUUUUAAUAGCUAUUUAUUUUAUUGUUUAAGUAGGUAUUCUAUUUAAUUAAUGGAGCGUGUUAAUCUGUGUAAAGUAAUUUAGUGUAAUUAAUGUCUUUUUAACCCCCUUAGUUAACUUUUAUUACAAUUUUAACUUUAUCCAUAUUUGCAGAUGUACAAUGUUUAUGAGUUAGUGAUGUUCAAUAGAAUAGUUUGAAUAAAAUUAUUUA